CGAUUUUAUUGUCUCUACUAGUUUUAGGAUGCCUGACAAUGGACUUCGAUCAAUAGAUUGAAGAAUUAUAAAGCUCUAAGUUUGGAUAAACGAUCCUUCAGACUAUUAUGAUGGAGCUACAAACUGAAGACCCAGUUGUGUCUAAUCUUAUUAACAUGGUGCAAGGGAUCGAGAAAACUCUUGAAAACGAGUAGUAAAGAGAUGACGAUCGCAUAGUUAGGAUAAGAUAGAAUUGUGACAUUGAUAUCACAACCCUCAAUAAUCAAAUUAAUCAAAAUACCAUUGCUUCCUUGGGUCUCAAGAGUCAACUUGAUUCCUUGAAUCCACAGAAAGUUUAGGCUGUAGCUAGUUUGGAACGAAAAAAUACUGAAAUCACAGAUCUCAAGGCUGAGUUGCAAUAUUAAUCUCAUAAGCGGGAAACUGAGACUUCAGCCUAUGAGACUAUUUUAGACAAUUUAGAAUAAGCUUUAUUCGGAGUUAACUAAGUGAAGGGAUACUUCAAUAGUUACUUAGAUAUUCUUGUCAAGAAUAGAAAAAGAUUUGAAAAGCCAUCAUUUUUGGAAGAAUCAUAUAGUUUUAAAUAUGAGGAGUCCGAACAAGAUGAUUCUGAAUCAAGAUCAUUAACCUCUUUAACCUAAGUUGCUUAAAAAGUCAAUAAAAUCAAACAUCAUGUGUAAUUGGAGGGAUAUGCCACAAUGCUCGAAAUAAUGAGUGAAUUGGCUUCCAAAGCUGCAGACGAACCUUCUUAGGCUGAAGUCUUAACAAGAAAGGUUCUUUCAAUUUUGAAACAAAUUGAAAAUUACAUUCAAUCCGAAAGAAUCCGAGAGGAUCAAGCAGAAGCUCUCAGAUCAAGUAAUUUCGACCUUCUCAAUACUCUGUUAUCUGAUCAACUUGUGUAAGCCAAUCAAGACAAGACAUAUAUGGAAGGUUUGGUUGCCUCCUUGUCCACUAGAAUUACCUAAGGAACAAACGAAAAAUUUGAAGUGGAUUAGAAGGUAGCAAUAAAAACAAAGGAAUUGGAAAAUAGGAAGACUGAUUGCAGACUUAAGAACAAUGAAUAUGAAACUGAUACUUAGAAUAGAAUCAAAUAGAAAAGAGUUGUUGUUGUGGCAGUUGAUUUAAUUUCAUCCAAAUUGGGCUAACUUAAGCGCAAAUUGCUUGAAAAUUGAAUUAUUAUAAAAUAGUGACAUAAUUAAUUAAGAAUAAAUUUUUUCUUA